AUGCCCAAAGGGACUCAGGGAAUUGAGGAAGAGAAUCUUCGGGCAGAGGUUGCGUGCAGCUUGAAGGUAUACUGGCGUCGAAUAUCAAGAUUAUUUCACAUUACCAGCAACGGCGAGGAUGAUCCUACCAAUCCAGGUGGACACGCAGUUCGAUUGGGAUCCCAAAUGCAAGCUUUAGCAAGCUUUGAGUACAUGAUGAGGGGAGAGAGGCACUAUGGAGAGACAUACAAAGUAUAG